AUGCCGAGUUUCACCUUUUCCCCCUCCAAAGCCCCGGCAAAGUUCGGCGACAACAAUGGCAGAUACACGCGCAUUGAGAGCGGUAAGAUCCCCUCGCGCGGUCGCUCCCUUGGUGCCUCGCGGAAAGGCAAAUACUGCCUGGCCGUCGCCGCCGCCGCCGCAUCGCAAGCGUCCUACGCCUCUGCCGCACUGUCCAGCACCGACGACGACGAGAUGGAUCUGCGCGCAGCCAGUGUUGUCGAGCCUUCCGCACGCAGACGCAGGGGGAAAGCAAAGAAGGCAUUGACGCUGGGCGAGGUGGCUGCUACCGCUGGACGGAGAAGCGUGGCGAUGAUCAUGGACGACACUGCCUCGUCGCUGCCUAGUGCGAUACCGAGUGUCAAGGAUGAUGGCAGUGAUGGGACGACGGGGACGCAAACGAGCGCGGCGCUGUUCACUUCUCACGUGCAGGGUAUUAUUGCGCUGAUCGGCGUCAUUGUGUUGCUCAUCAUUGUUCGCUUCGCCAAGAUUUCGAUGGACAACGCAACCUACGUGCGUGGCGUGCUCAACAUGCUCACCGGCCUUGCCGCUGCCGCAUCCGCCCACAAGCUCUCGAUGACCGUCGCCGUCUCGUCUCUCGCCUCGGCCCGCUCCGUCUCGUCCGGCUCCUCGAAGCCCCCGUCCACUGCCGUCACCGUCGCAGCAAUGAGCCUUACCGGUGGGCAAGCGUUCAACCUGAUCUUUGGCAGCGAUCAGUUCUUCCAGAUCGUCGCGUUUAUCGAAGCCAUCUGUUCCGCCGUCGCAUCCUACAUGGCCGGGUCGUCGAUCGUGGCAAGCACCACCAACUUCGACAAGCACGGUACGGCACUGCUCGAACUCGACAUUAGCCAGGCUGCCACGCUGUGGGGCAUCUGUGGUCUGUGGAUUAUCGGGCUCGGCCUGCAUGCGGCGACGGCGUUCGCGCACAAGAGCACCAUCCAAACCGUGCAGAUGGCGAGCAACGAAAGCAUGCGCGAGAUCGUCGCCGUCAUGCACACCGAGAGCGUCUACUCUGGCAAACACUGA